UGGUUUAUAGAUUAUUUUGAUCAUGUGAUUCCCCACAGUGUAAAUAGGUACAAUGUGUUUGAGAACAUAGCACGAGAGCGUUGCCAUAAAAAACUGUUACAUAAACUUAUCAUAAGUAUCCAGGAAGUUUACCAAAAACGAAAUAUCCGAUAGGCAUGCGCAGUGCAAAAUCACACCCCGUUUAUGGGUAUUUACUACUUUCGGUAUUGAAACACAGUUUACAGAUCUGACGUAUGUACUAUUACUAUGUUAUUUCAAAGGCGGAAGUAUUAUAGUAACUGGGUAUUUCCAUUCUCUUGUUUACAUUAUUUAAAGCAUGCCAGGUGUAAAUGAUUCAGUGACUUGAUACUGUAACAUGGAAACAGAUUACGAGAGAAAUUCGCCCGUCUCGAGGGCAGAUUCCCCGGAGACAGUAUUUAACAACGACUUUUCUGAUGUCGAGGAAGAAAAUGAAGUAGAAGAUGGUAUAAGAAAUGCAAUUAACGCUGAAGAUGAGCAUGAUGCUAUGUCUAAUGGUGAAACAGAUUCAAGUCAAAUAAAACUGAGACACGUUUCAUUAGAAGACGAAGUUGAAACGGAUGGUACAUAUCAUUCACUAAGUCUGUGUGAUGGGGCCAAGGUAAAUACAUUGCCAGGUCGAUCAGAAGAUCUGACAAAGUCAGAUACGAAUUGUAUGAAGGCUUCUAAGGAGACUGAUAUUGGAUUAAAGAUUAAACAAAGUGUACGUAGAAACGAUGCAUACGAAGACAGCCUUACUCAUGGAUGGGCAUUGCAUGAAGAGGAUUUAUUGUGUGUACCUCUAAUAUUAAACAAGACACGCGCUGCUGACGGACAGUCAAUGUCAGUAGGAAGAUACGCACCUGGGAAAAGGAAGAAAACCAGUGCAAUGCAAAUGCUGAAGAAACGAUCAGGAAAAGGAUCCUACCGAGUGAUAUAUACUUCACCACUGACUAAGAUUGCGAACAUUGCCAAGACACUAGGAUAUGACUUACCAACAUUUUUGGAAACUUCUGAAUUUAUGGGAGGACCGUCCUUACAACUACCGUGUAUGCAGUGUUAUGAGAAGUAUGGCGGGAAAGGUGGUGCCGGUUUGGACUCUAUGAUGGGUGCACUAAGUGGAGAGGGCAGCAGUAGCAACGGCAAAUGUUUGACAUGUGGAGGCCAGGUUCAAACGAUGGCAUCGUUUGGAAGGAUGAUACGUCAGAUGCGAGAUGUUAUAGAAAAGAAAGGUUUAGUUCCUCAUGAUGUGUACCCGGACGGUAAUUGCCUGUUUGCUGCAGUAGUUGAUCAACUACGUAUCCGUGGAGACUUCAGUUUCACAACACACACAUUGAGACAGUCAGCUGUGAAAUACCUCAAGGAAAAUCCAACCACAAAUGAUGGGACACCUUUAGAAAUGUUCCUCACAGACGAUGAAACCUGGGAGACAUACCUUUCCCGUAUGAGUGAUGAUGGUGAAUGGGGUGAUCACAUGAUUCUAGGAGCUCUGGCUAAUGUGAUUAACAUGCCUAUUGUUAUAUACGGAGGAACGACCGGCCAGAAUGAAACGAUCUUGUAUCCUAGAGCUCUGACAAAUGAAAACGGCCUUUCCGAGAAGGAUGAUCAAGUAUUAGAUGAUGACAUUGUUGUAUACCUAGGACAUGUUAGUGAAUCACAUUACCUGAGUCUUAGACCAAAACAUUGGAGACAAACUCUUCAGAAAGGUUUACAUCAAAGAAAAACGUCUGUGGAAUCAACAUCUGCAGAAAAAAGAUGGACAAAAUGCCCAGUGCUGCAUAUCGACUUUAUUCUGAGACAGGUAUUUCGGAUGGACUUAAUUAAACAUUCCGGGCCAGAGGCUCUAGACGUUCUAAUUCCAAGUCGUAUGGAAACACCUGAUUGUAACUUUGAAAUGUUUGGUUCACUAAUAUGUAAAAUGGUUCCAUGUAAAGUGAAACUUGACAGCUUUGGACCUGACAUAAGCAUGUAUUUUCCAUGUGUCAAAGAGGAAGAGAACAUUGAUGGCUUUUUACAAAAUUCCGCUUACUCCGUUUUCAACACCCCUUAUGAUACAAACAUUGUUUCAAAAACGACCUCUGCAAAGACAGCAGAUCUCAUUGCCGAUGACACAGCUGUUGUGGGGCAUUUAAAGCUUAUCCCGAAAAGUCCGAAAAUAUGGAAAGGGCAAACGAUUUCGCCGAAAGAAAACACCACAUACUUAAACGCGUUUGAAGUUGACUUCAGUUGGUCUGAGGAUUUGUUUCCUUCAAAGCUGUCAAAAGACUCCCCCGCCAUGUAUCUUAUGCUUGCUUUCAAAUGUUCUUGGCCAGAUUGUGCAAAACACUGGUCACAUCGUUACAGAGAAAGCGGUUUUCCAGAUGAACAUACAAUACAGACGGUUGUAAAAAGCGGAUGUCACGUCAUUCCGUUGACGCCAGAUUUCAGAAUGUCGGACAUUCUUGAUGAUCCUAUCCAUUUCAUGACAUCUGUAGAUGAUCAUACUUGGUGCUAUUCAUUCGCUGCUGCAGAAAAAGAGAUAUGUCGAUUCCUUUCAACAGAACAAAGACAGUCUUUUCUCGUCUUCAAGGCUUUGGUUGAUGUUACACUGAAAGACAUUCCACUUCCGCCUUCCGUUGUGAAGAGUAUUUUCUUUUACGCUUGUGAGAAUAUCGAGAAGCAAUACUGGAAGUCGAAACCCGGCGAAUGCCUACUAAUAAUUCUGAAGAAGUUUGCAGAAUGCUUAAAGAACCGCCAUGUUCAACAUUACUUCAUGCGGGAGAAGAACUUGCUUGAUUUCAUUCCCGAGAAGGCCAUUGACGAAUGUUUUGAGAGACUUAACAACGCAAGACUCCAACCCGUGGUAACUCUGUACUUCCUACUGGACCAACUCAACAUUAUGUCGUCGGAAAUAGGUUGCUUUGUGGAAGAAAUCAUUGAAAGCAUAAAAGUGGAUGCACAGACAACCACUGGAGUAAGCAUUGCAAGCGAGUCUUUGCUUCCAGCGUGUAUUGAAUUUAUGAAAGAUUUGAUAUUCCAAGAGGAUUUUCAAGCUGCUAUGUUGGUCUUCCAGGAUAUUUUAGAAGAAAGGGGAAACAGUUUAGAAACAAACGGAAUCGAUUUGAUGAAAAAAGAUAUGUGGGAUUUGCACAUAGGCUUUAAGUGGUGCUUUGCCUUGUAUGUGGAUAUAAAGCAGAAGACAACUUUAACAGCACAGGUCUGUGAGGGAUAUAGCACCGUUCAUAUAACGGAAGUUUUUGGUCCUAGCUGCAUUGUCGAGUUGCCUGAUACGCUGGUGCCCGAAUGCUUUAGUAUUGAUAGUGGCGAUUUACUGUUUGUCGAUACCACAUUAGAAAUAUUGUUACAAACUGUGAGCGGGAGAAUGUUUAUCAAGUGCAUGAAGUUUUACUUGAAGAGAUAUGGAGAAUUAGCAGGAGAUUCUCUCAUUAUACCGACAUCUUCAGUUACUGCGAGCAAUGCAGUGACUGGUAAAAAAACGAGCAUGAUGGUAGAAAUGGUUUCUAUGAUAACAUCAUCGGCUUCAUUACUUUAUGAAUUACAAAACAUAUAUGUGAGAUUGUUUAAUUUCUGUGAUAAGUCUAACAUGGUUGAAGAGUUUCGAGAAAUGAUGCCAUUGUAUUCAUUAAUCGCGAAAAGUUUGGGUACGCAAUUACCUUUGGCAAACCUUGCGUACAUGUGGGAAAGUCUCGGUGAAGGCAAAAAAGCAGAAACUAUACGCCGCAAAGCGGGUGUCGGACAGAGAAGUAGUACAUUCAAGAAAAUAGCCGGUUCACUUUUAACAAACCUUGAUCUGGACUAAAUAUGAUUGUCUGUUCCUAGCAUAGAAACAAACUUGCAAACUUUACAAAAAUACAGUAAGCCGAGAACAAAUAUAAACAAACACCAUGAAAACACAGAAGGAAUGGAGAAGCUUUAGUACACCUUUUACAAUCAGGGUUAGUAAAUGGGUCACAUUUGUCAAGGCAGUUUUAAAACUAAAGUGACGUAAAUAAUGAAAAGUAGAUUAAUAACCAUAUGCCUUGUUUCGUUCUAGAUCAAAUGCAGUAACUGUUCUUAUAAUGGGGAAGUUGGCAGUUAUUGCGGAGAACAGGUUUGCACUGGUACAGAAUCCAGGAACACUGGUUAGGUUAACUACCCGCCGUUACAUAACUGAAAUACUGUUGAAAAAGCGGCGUUAAACCCAAAACAAAGUUUAACAAACAAAUGAUACUGAAAGUGAAUUUUCUUAAAUGAUUAAUGCUUGGUAUGUACAGUUAUUUAAAGUUGUCUGUUUUGUUUUUACUGAAUUCUAUUUAGCCUUUAGCCUGCUGAUGGCAAGUAAUUUUUCCUUUUGCGACCAGUGCAGACCAAGAUCAUCCUGCACAUCUGUGUAGACUGAUCAUUGUCUGCACUGUUCGCUAUUCAGUUAUUAAAUUUUAAAUAAAAAGUGGUACUGCCCAAAUUGAAUGAUGGACCAGGCCAUUUUAGAAAUUUAGCAGGGUAAAUGUUAACAAGGAGGACACUGUAGGACACUGUAGUAAAACGUAAGAAAGAAUCAUGUAAUGUAUGUGUUAAUGUACAAGAAUUUUAUAUAAAUUUGAGAUAUGAAUCGAGAACUUUUGAGAAACAGAGUAAGACUUUGUGUUGUUAAAUAACAGAAAUUAAAGUACAAAAUUGUGA